AUGAUUAUAUUAUUGUCUCCCAACCUCGGUUCAUUAGUACAAUAUGCUGGUAAUCUACUAAACUAUUUUGUAUUAACAUUUGAACAGAUUUAUGGACAAUAUCUUAUAUCUUCAAACAGUCAUGGUUUAAUUCAUUUAGUAGAUGAUUAUAAACAAUAUGGGCCCCUAGACAAUUGCAGUGCUUUUCCUUUUGAGAACUAUAUGAAAGUUCUCAAAAAUAUGUUAAGACAGCCUAAUAAGCCUUUGGAACAAGUUGUUAAAAGAUUCAGUGAAUGUGAUAACUUUAAUUUAAGUUCAAAUACGACUAAUCAAAGCAACAACCGUUUAUUAAAAGGACCACAUAAUAAUGGCCCUUUAUUAGUUGGUUGUGUAAAUCCACAAUUUAAUACAUUAGUUUUAGACAAUUAUAAAUUAAAAGUCAAAAUCGAUGCAGAUUCAUAUUUUGCUUCUAAAACAAAUGACAUUAUAAAAUUGAUUAAUAUUGCUCACUCAAAUGACACUUGUUCAAUAGUUUUAAUUGGAAGAAAAUUUGAAUUAAAAGAACUAUUCUAUGAUGAACCAAUUCAGUCAUCUUAUUUUGGAAUAUACACUGUUAAAAAUUUAUCAAUGAAUAUGAGUACUUGGACUAUCAAUGAUAUCCAAAGGAAAGUGAUGUUAUUAUCAGUGAAUAACAUUAGCAUUGCUAUUCCAUUAUUACAUCAUUCUUAA